AUGGUAGCAGCUCAGAAGCAAAACCUGAAGUUCUUCUGUGCUCUAGAGGUGGUGUUGCCAGCCUAUGAGUGCAGGAGUCCUGUCAUUGGCAUAGCUGAGGGGCCUGUGGAUAAGCAGGAGGAAGUCCAGCAGAAGUUUCCAGCUUACCCUCCAAAACUCUCUGAGGAGGUGGGACCUUCUCCAGCCCAGCAGGAGGUUCCAGGUCACCCUCCUAAGCCAUCUGUGGAGGUGGGACCUUCUCCAACCCAGCAGGAGGCUCCAGCUCACCCUCCUAAGCUCUCUGAGGAGUUUGAACCUUCUCCAGUCCUGCAGGAAGCCCCAACACAGCCUCCAAUGUCUCCACAAGAGGGAGAACCCCUGGGUGCAGCUCUAGAACACCUUGAGGAGAUUGAACCUUCUCCAGUCCAGCUAGAGGCCCCAGCUCCCCCUCCAGAGCUUCCUGAAGAAGUGGAACCUUCUCCAGUCCACCAAGAAGCUGCUGCACAGGCUCCUCGGCUUCCCCAAGAGUUCAAAUCUCCAACUGAGCAGGCGGCUGUUGUUCUACUUGCAGAGCUCCCUGAGGAAGUAGAACUUUCUCCAGUGCUGCAGGAAGUUCCAGCAGAGCCUCCAAAACCAUCUGAGGUUAUAGAACCUUCUGCAAGUCACCAGGAGUUUCCAGAGAUCGAAUCUUCAACCCUGCAAGAGGACCCAGAUCCUGCUGAUGGUUCCCAGCAUUCUCUAAUUGAGCAGGAGGACCCACCACAACUUACCGAGCUCAAUAAGGAGGAUGAAACUUCUCCAAUCCAGCAGGAGGACCCAGCUCAGCCUUCAGAACUCUCUGAGGAGGUUGCACAUUCAUCAAUGCAACACAACCCCCAGAUCCCAUUAAGACGGAUGAACCUUCUCUUACCCAGCUGGAGGACCUAUCACUACCUCCAGAUCCCCCUAAAGAGGUUUUAA